UUCUCCACUCUCUCUAUAUCCAUAUAUAUUUUCAAUUGUUGAUCGUAUUUUAGGGUUACGAACAGUAAAGAUUUUCGUAGAACCCUAACGAUUGAGAUGGCCUUUUUCCUCUGCAGUGGUUAAUUUAUAUAUGCAUAUGCUUGCGUAUCGCAAAGUCGUAUUUAAACCAUGAAAAGGGCAAUGCCAUGGAGUGAUGGAGAGGAUGAUUCAUCAUCUGAUGAAUCUUCAACCCUGGAUACCGACACAGAAGCUAGUGAUGGCUCUGGCAAGAACAACACAAGGGUUAGAACCUCCAAAGGAAAAACACCUGAAGUUAUACCUGGAAAGCGGAAGAGCAGGGCUAUAGAUUUUGAAGCUCUGAGUCGACAUGGCUAUAAAGGUGGACUGUCAGUUUUGAGUGUGCCUCCACCAAAAGAGGUGGAUGACAAGAAGCAAGACUGGUCUUGGUCUAAUGGCAAGGACAAUCGUACAACAGACACUGAGGAAUCUUACCAAGAACGACAGAGAACUAGAGCUGCACUUGUUGAAGGGGAGCAGCUGUCAAAUGCUCUUACUCAGAAAGAGAAGAAGAAUCUUUCAUUCUCGCAGAAGGAGAAGAGGAAGCGAGAUAUUGGUCAGGCUAGCAGGGGGAAGAGUUACGUUGAAGAAGAGAAGAGGUUGCUAAGGGAUAGUGGGAUUUAUUCUGGUUUUGAUUCUUGAUCUGCCCUGUGUAUCUCAAUUUUACAACGCAUAAGACACCUCCAAUAGCUUUUUGAUGAAACUGAUUUCCACAGGAUCAUGAAAACUGAACUACUUAGCUUAGGGAAGUCGGUCAAAGUGGAAUGCAUGAUUGUAUGAUGAGUGAGUGCUCCCCCUCUGAAUAAGAUACAAAAUUUGUAAGAGCUAAAAAGGUGUGAACAGCAGUUACAGCACUUCACAAUUGGUUUCUCGAA